AAGAGGGUGUAAGAAAACCAAGCCGCCGCCGGGAUACUACACUACCCAGCUCCUCUCCAGUCUCAACCCAGCCCGCCUCUCGAACUUCCAGAACCGUCCUCUCGCUGCCUGCGGCUGCUAUCUCUGUCAUCUAGAGGAGAGUGUAAGGGCACUAGAUAGAGAGUGAUGGCUUCUCCUGAUCCAUCGGCGGCAGAUGCCGGCACCGGGGGCGAGUCGACGAGCCAGGCGGCGGCCGUGGAACCGAUCCGGAUGCCGACGGUGGAGGAGAUCAAGGGGCAGGACAUCUGGAACAACUGCGCCGUUCGCAGCGUCGUCAGUGGCGUCAUGGGAGGCGGUCUUGGUGUGCUUAUGGGACUAUUCUUUGGAGCUUUGGAAAAUCCGAUAAUGGCAGAGCAAAUGACAGCAAGGCAACAAAUAGUAUACACAGCAAAGCAGAUGGGUAGUAGAAGUAUAAGUAAUGCCAAAACCUUUGCAGUCAUGGGUCUGAUUUUCUCAGCAGCUGAAUGUACCAUAGAGAAGGUUCGGGCAAAGCAUGACACUACCAAUACAGCGGUAGCUGGCUGUGUCACUGGAGGAGCUUUAGCUGUAAAAGGUGGCCCUAAAGCUACAUGCUUUGGAUGUGUGGGGUUUGCUGCGUUCUCAGUGGCAAUUGAAAAGUUCUUUGAUCGGCAUACUUGAAAUGGGUGUUGUGAAUUUGAACGCUUUUUGGCCAUGUUCGUUUGAUCCCAAAACCAUAGGGAUUGAGGUGGACUGGAAGAGAUUGAAGAGGAUUUUGACUUGUAGGGGAUUUGAUCCCCUCAAUCCCUAUGGAUCAGCACAAAACGAACAGAGCCUUAGCUGAGCAUGAGCAGCGUUGGCAGGAGAACCUGAUUGUUUGCAACAUCCAGUCAUCUACAACUCAUUAAGGACUGUAACCUAAUUUUUUUUUACUUAUUCCCAGUUUCUUGCCUGGAUUCGUAAUUACUGAACUACCGGAACGCCUAAGAGAUCUACCCUGAUCAAUAUCGAUGCACGAUGACAUUGAC